ACAAUGCAAUUUAUAAACAUAGGAUAAUGAGUGGGGGGGAGUGACAGUAGGCAAGGCAGUGCAAUGAUGAGAGAGGUAAACGUAAACAAUGGACAGAUAGCAACUAUAAAAUAGACGCCGUAAGAGCGUAGAACACCGGGUACCUGAUCUUGGAGAUUUCCUUGUGCGGAAUCUAACAAUGAUUAGGUUAAGAGCGCUGAACGAGGAGUCGUCGGAAGAAAGCGAAGGAGAGGAAGAAAUUCCGACAUUUACUAAAGAAGCCCAGGAGCAAGCAGCAUUUUCAGAAUACAAUAAUGCACUGAAACUUGUUCAAGAAAAGAAAUUGAAAGAUGCACAGAUAAUUCUGGAAGACCUUCUUAAUAGUGAUAUUUUAGCCGAGGUGACCAAAGCAAACGUGCCAGAAGGUUUUAUUCAGCCGGGCUUAGCUCUUAAGUACUCGUGUUUGAAAAAUUUAGGCAGUAUACAUAAUCAGUUGGAAGAGCCUAAAGCUGCACUGGAAUGCUAUUUGAAGGCAGCUGAACUGGACGACACAGACGUGACAUUGUGGUACAGAAUUGCAUCAAUUGCAGUUAAAGAACUUGAUUAUGAACUAGCUUGUGAUGCUUAUUUGGAGGGCCUGCGAUGCAGUUCUUGUCAUUGGCCAUGCCUGGAGGGGCUAAUAACUAUUUUAUAUGUGCUGAAUGACUAUAUUGGUUGUUUGAUGUAUAUUUCUCGUGCUCUUGAACUAGAUCCAGAUUUUCUUAAAGGGCUUGUCAUUAGAGAUCAGAUAUUGAAAGAGCAGCCUUCGAUUGCAGAGCAUUUUGAAUUAUUUUGCAAAGGCUGCAAUUUAGGAUCCCUGAAGGAGGAAUAUGACAGUGAUAUAGCUGCAAAAGUUAUCAUUGAAGUUCAGAAGCUCAGGGAAGCAAGACAUCAUAUUACCCAAGGAGCUUUAAAUCCAAAACCGAUAGCCGCAGAAACAAUCAUCCUUCGGACUUAUUCUUGGCAAGUGUUUGGCGAGGCAGUGUUAAAACACCACAGAAAAGCUAAGCGUCUUUGUGCUCCAAUUCGUCUGGUAUUAGGUGAUCCUAAUAAUGUUGAACUGAAAGAAAAAAAUGAAACAGUAACUUUUGAGACCGACCAGCGAGGAGUGGUGGAUGAAGAUAAUGGAGAUAAUGAUUGUGGUGAAGAUGAUGAUGGUGGAAGUGAACAGCAGCAGCAGCAACAAGGUUCACAGAGUGAAGGAGAAGAUCCAAAAAAUCGUAAACGUCGUCGAAGUCAGAUGGCGUUCAUGGAACAGUGGAUGUGGGGAGGGAAACGUCGAUCUGCUAGAGUUCGUUCCACAAUAAAAAAGGAAGCUGAGAGAGAAGAUGGGAACUUUGAGGAAGCCUUGCGCAGGCUUGUACCUCCUUCCUUGCUACCAAACAACAUGAAGGAAAGUAACCAAAAGAAUGUGGAUAAUCUUCUAUUAAAUGACGACUCAAUGGAUACAAUGGAUCUGUACAAGUUGUUUGAGCGUAGGGAAAGUGUUGAAGGCUCCUGUGAUGACAGAAACAAUUCACAGGGAAAAUUUUACUCAAAGGGAAGAGAAGGAUUAUUAAAGAUAGUGGAGGAGGAAGGAUAUUUUGGUACGGAUCAAGAAGAAAAUGAUGUCAGAAAUCUUGUGGAGUCAUGUGGGUCUUCUGAUGUGAUUGACCUCCUUUUGAAAUUUGUCACAAUACUCAGUACCAAGUGGCAUAUUACAUGGCCACUUGAACUAAUCUCUGUGUACUUGGAAAUGUACAAGUGUUUGAGAGAACACGUUAACCACCCUUCAGUUUUUGCACAAGAAGAAAGCACUGAUAUAAAAGCAGAUACAUCAGCUACUAUAAUGUAUUUAGAAAUCUGUCUCGACAAAUCGCUGAAUGAUAAAACAUCAAGAGAUUAUGAGCUGCUCGCUGAGAAGUCACUCACAGCAGAAGGGCUUGGACAACUGACAUUCCUGUCAAUUCAUGAGGAUUUGUUUGGUUCUGGAUACAUGACAUAUAUUAUGCGUAUACUAUGGAUGAAAGCUCAUCUGUAUCUACAUCUGGGAAAUGUUGAUAUGGCAAUACAGUCACUUGAUACUUUGUUAUGUCAUGUGGAGGGACUAUCAGAAGAAGAACAGAAACAAAAAGUUUUGUUGCCAAACUGUCAACAUCACAAUGUCAUUGCAAAAGAUGGAGUGAGCAAAUUGCUCACAACUCUUAUCAGGAAUCAGAGCCUUGGAGAAGUUCAGCGAUUGUAUGAUGAACAACAUUUUGAACAGUUAACAGAAAUCCUACAGGAAACAUUUCGUUAUCAGCAACCCAGUAAUGCUGUUGGUAGUCCUGAGAAUUGCCCAGAUCGUGCUACACAAUUAGCAAUGCUUAUGGAUGCACUGUGGCAGCUUAAAAAGUAUCAGGAAUGUUUCUACUGGGGUGAAGCAUGCUGCAAUGAAGCAUUUCAGAAAUACCUUGGCUCAGAAGACAAGGAGCAACAAAAGUGGGCCACAACCAUAGAGAAGCUACUUGCUGGUUUGGAAUCCUGUGUGACCAAGGCUGGACUCUCUGUUGUUGACAGCCCCAGGUUACCAAGAUUAGUACAAAAUUUGAUGCACAUGUUGUGCCACCAAUUGGAAGCACCUGAAACUGCUGUAGAAAUGCCUAUUGAGACUGUGACACCAUGGAUUUUGUUGCAGCAGAUAAUUCAAUGGGAAGAGGAGAAGAAUAAAGAAAAUGAGAAAAUAAAGCCCGAAGAAGCUGGUAAAAUCAUACCAAAUCAUAUCUCUUUUCUCUUUACAGCCCAUGAACAUCUAGCAAAACAUUCGUGGUGUUGCUCUAAUGAGGGUGCACUUCUGCUGCAUACAAUGGAUGUUGUUAUACCAAAGAUCCACACUCCUGAAUUGUGUCUGUUACGUGAGCAACUUGUCCCAUAUAUGGAGCAAAUCUUCUAUUGCCUUUAUGCACAUCCAAGCAAAAAAGCAAAGGCACGCUACCUUCAGGAUCAUGGGGUACCCCAAAUAUCAUUGACCUGGGAAAGGGCAGUGCAGAUAUUCCAGUUUUAUAAACCAGUACAGCUGCCAGAGUUUGACUCAUACAGAGUGGCAUCAAUAACAGCAGAUGUUGAAGUCCUCUUUAAGCGCAUCAUACAGCUUGUGCCUCAGCAAAGUGACCCAGUUCUCUUGGUGGAUCGAAUGAGCCAGUAUAUUGAGGGGCAUCUGAAGGAAAUACCAUGCCCACCAAGUACUUACGUACGACUUUCUCCGAAGAUAGCAAGCAUAUAUUAUCUUCUUGGGGAUUAUUAUUUCAAAAACAAUGAUUGGCCUAAAGCAAUUCGUCACUACCUGCUAGAUGUCUGUGUUAACCCAAUUCGUCUGGAUUCUUGGGCAGGAAUGGCACUGGCUCGUGGCAGUCAGCUGGAAACAAGACUGAAUUCUUGUGAACACCUGAAAAGUGAAUCAGAAUUUCUAAGGCAAUCAGAAGCUGCGUAUCGUUGCUUCAAGCGUUCCUUGGAAAUUGAUACCAGCCAUUCAUUGCUGUGGAUUGAGAAGGGUAACUUUGUGUACAUGGUGCAUUCAUUUUGUUCACGCCUUCUAAAACAGGAGACUGAUAGUCUUAGUAUGGAAAAAUUUACAAUGCUUGAAGAACAGAAGGAGAGAAUGCUUGAUGUUGCUGACACUUGCUUUAACUCUGCUAUAAAGGUCUGGUGUACCCUGGGACCUGGAGGCUUGAUCCAAGAUGAAAGGUGGCUGUUGCAUUAUAUGCUUGGUAAAGUUGCUGAGAAGAAAGAUUUGGACCAGCAAAUCAUUUUAGAGCAUUAUGUAAAGUCUAGCAAAUAUUUGGAGAAAAUGGGUGCAAAUUAUGCACGUAAAAUAAUUUACAAUAAUCCACAAAAUUUGGCUGUUGAAGCACUGGAGGUAUUUUAUCGUAUUCAUGCUUCGAUUCUUAAAUACCUAGAACAAAAUGAAGGGAGGCAAAUUGAUGAUGCAGUGAAAGCACUGUUUGAGCAAAAACUCCAGGAAGCUGCUAGUAGCUCAUUCAUGGUUGGACAAAUAGAGCUAAAAAGUGACUGUGAUGAAGAACGUAAGAAAAGGCCAGCAGAAGAUCAAAUAGAUAACGUACUGCACCAUUCAAAACGACGCUGUGUGGAUGAAUCUGUGGACCUGUCUAUUAUGGAAGAUGUCAUAAAUCUGAUGGAAGACAUGAUUUCAAAAGUAGCAGAUAAUGAGACAUAUAUUCCUGAAGAACCAUUUGAACCUGAUGUUCCAGCUGCAGGAAAUGGAGGUUCAAGGUCCGGAAAUGUGAAGUCACGUAAAAUGGAUGUCGUUGUUAUAUCUGAUGACUCAGUAGAGUCAAGGUAUGAUUAUAUGAAGAAUGGUCCAGGGAAAAUUAAACCUGUAAACUAUUCUUCAAAAGUUGGACCAAAUUUGAAGACUGAGCCUAAUACUCCAAGUGAUAAUGAAGAUGAUAGACAGAAUAGUAUGUAUUAUGACAUACCUUUAGACAUGGAAGUUGAAUGUGAUGAAGAUGAGGAUCCCUAUGGUUUAGAGACAGCAGCUGAUGUUAAAUCAGAAAUGGUUUCAAACAAAUGUGAUCAAGAGGAAUUGCCAAUUGACAGAGAAGCCACUGGAAAGAAAAAUAAUGAACAAGAAGUCCCUGAAGAAGUUGUAUUAGCUAGACGCAGUUCUCAGGAAAGUACAACAACUACUACUACAACUACAACUAGAACUGAAACAUCAACAAGUGCUGCAGAUUCAUCAAACAGUAGUGAUGACUCCUCUUCAAGUGACAGAGAUGAUGACUCAAGUAGUUCGGCCUCUAGUGAUUCCAGUGACAGCAGUGAUUCAGAUUCAGAAGAUCCUAAUCGGUCUACAGGUACUGUUGUAGCUGCUGAGUCGGAUAAAAAGGAAGAAAAGAUGAGCCCCAGAAAUACAAAUUUGACAAAUCAGAAGAAGAAAGAUGACACAAAGUGUGAUCACUAUAGUCUCAUCAAAAGCUGCCUAAUUGCAUUGGAAGAAUGUGUACUACGCUUUCCACAUCACUAUAAAUCACUGUACCGGCUGACGCAUUAUUAUUUUCAUUCAAAAUUCCAUCGUAAUGUCAGCAAAUGCAGGGAGUUACUUCUGGGGAUUUACACUUGUCUUCCUGCCCAAAAUCGCCCUGCUGGAAGCAAUUUUCAAGGAUUAUUUGCUGACAGAAAGAGCACAAAUUUCUUUAAUGGUGUCUGGCGUAUCCCUGUCCCAGAGAUUGAUAGACCUGGGUGUUUUGCUUCACAUAUGAGUCGCUGUAUUCUUCUCCUCAUGGAUGUACUACGAGAAUUACAUGAACAUUCUCUUCUACUAGAACUUUGUGUCGCCUUACGCCGUACUCCAGAACCAGAUAAGAAAUAUCUGAGAGAAUCUGAGCGAGAGCAGUUAUCACGACAAGCUCUCUCCCUGUCACUUCAGACUCUUCGCGCAAAACUGAGAAAUGAAAUAACUAGCGCUCUUGCACUGGAAGUGUAUCGUACUUACCAGUAUGUUCAAAAACAGUUGCCACAUAAAGAAUCUACAUUUUCUGCACUUCUGAAGGAUGUCUGCAAACGAUAUGUGAAGGCUGAGAGCUGUACACUGGAGCAGGCAGUGCGCAUCUGUCAACAAGAGAUUGUACGUGUACCCCCCAGUCCUGGAGGUGGUCCGGCACAAGCGACUCAGGGACAGUAUCCACAGGCAUCUACAAAACCAAACCCAGCAGCUGCAGUGCCAGCAGCAACAGCAGCAGCAGCUGUGCCAGUGUCAGUGGCACCUGCGAAGAAGACUCUUCCACCUGCAACCCCUGUCAACUCCACAACACCCAAAGCAGCUUCUGCUGCUCCUACAGCUCCGAGACCUCGUGGGCGACCACCAGGGAGUACUCGUGCAGCUGCACAAGCUGCCGCAGCAGCUGCUGCUGCCGCUGCUGCUGCUCCCCCAGUUACUGCGACGUAUUCAUCGUUGCAUUCUAUGCUAAAUGAUCCUCAAGCAUUUCUUAAUAUUUCAUCAAUGCUUGACCCUUUAAAUGCAGUGAUGCAAGCUCAAAUGACUGGUUUCCAAGCAGAACUCUUACGACAUCUGGCAGCAAAUUCUGUUGCACCCGUCUUAAAUCCUCUCGCUGGACUGAGUGGUGCUGCUGGCUCUAGCACAUCUGCAACUACCAGGGAGAGACCCAGUGUAUCUAUUUUACCGGUCUCCUCAUCAGCAUCAGCACAGUCAAAAUUGAAUGCAAAAUCUUCUUCAGUACAGCCUAAAACAUCUACUACUGGCUCUAGUUAUGGAAAGAAUGCUCCUCGGGGAAUGCCAGCAGCACCUUAUUCGAAUAUUUCACAGGUGUCCAAAACGCCUACUACAAAUUUGAUAUCGUAUCCGACAGUUAGAGAUACUAAAUAUACAGGACAGAGUUCUCUUGAUGCGGCUCCUCCAAGAAAACUGCCAGAAACAUCACUUCAAAGUUUAUCUCAACCCCAUAUCAGCGGUCCAGGAAGGAAGCAAUUAAAUAAAACUGUGACAUCUAUGAUUACGUACAAACAUGAUGUAAAUGUUACAAGUAAGAGUGGUACAAUAAAUCCCCCUGAUAAAGUUCCUUUAAACAGCAAUAAAGCAACUAAGUCUGGAUCACCAAAUACUGCUGGAAAGAGUACAUAUAAGGUGCAGUCAGCAGAUAGUAAGGACGCUACAUAUUUUCCAAGGAAUCAGAACAGUGAAUCAUCAAGGAGCACUGUAAUGAGAGCAUCCACCAGAACUCCCCUUGUAUCAGGUAGCUCAAGAAAUGUUCUAAAUGACAUAUCAGCCUCCCAUUCAGCUGGUAUUUCCAUGUUGAACAGAUUACAACAACACAGUAGCCAGUUGGAGGUCAUUCACAAACCAAAGAAUUCUGCUCUUGAUCUCCCUUCCUCUGUAUCUAUACCACCUUCCAUUACCAUUACACCAAAGAAAUGUAGUCAGCCUAGCAGUUCAGAAAGCAAAAGUCCGAAGAAGAUGAAAGACACUGUUUCAAUUGUAGAGAUAGGAAAUGCAGCACAAAGAAGUAAAAGUUCUGGGCCGAAUGUAAUACCAAAAAGCUGGUCCCCUUCAGCAUCUUCAUCUGCAAAAGAGAAAGAGAAAGAGAAAGAAGGAUCUAAUGUUGAAGUCAUAACAUUAGAGUAGACAGUAGCUUUUGUUUUUCAUCUAUGAAAUGAUUCCGUGUGUGUGUGUGUGUGUGUGUGUGUGUGUGUGUGUGUGCGCGUGUGCGUGCGCAUAGACACACACACACACACACACACACACACACACACACACACACAGCAUUCUCAUAAUAAUAUUAAUGGACAAGUAAUAUUAAUGGACAAGUGUACAAUGCAGCAAAUUAAAUAUAAUACAUUUUAGAGUUAUAACAUUUACAUAAUCAUCAAACUUUUAAAAUUGUUAUAUUAUAUGAGCUCCAAAUUGGAUGUAAUAAUUUGUUUAUAAGAUAAAUGUGUUUAUGUAAAUUAAAUUCUUUUUUAACAAAUUAUAAGACAGGUAUAUUAUCUGUUUGUUUUUCCUUUUUUAAAGUAAGGCAUGAAUGGAUUUCUAUUGUGUAUGUAUGCAGCAUGGAGUUCCUCUUUGUAAGACAUGCAGUACUUGUGUGACUCUUUUACUGUUUUAACAUAUCUGACAAAAUGAAUAAAUUA